AUGGCUUUCGGAUAUCCGUCCUACACCAGCAAGGUCCAUCGAUCAGAAUACCCAGCCAUCAGCCCCGACAACCCAGCAAACUCAGUCGAAGGGCGAGUCGCCCUCAUCACAGGCGGCGGAGCAGGCAUCGGCUUGACCAUCGCAGAAGCCUUCCUCAGAGCUCAUGCCAAAGCCGUUGUUCUCCUAGGUCGAAGAGAAAACAUCCUCAAGGAAGCAGCGGAGUCGCUCAAGGCAAAGCACAGCAACGCCAAGGUCUUGACCUUCCCUGCGGACGUCACGGAUGCUGUCGCUCUGGACAAGGCCUUCGACUCGACAGUUCAGCAGGUUGGCCCGGUCGAUAUCGUUGUUGCCAAUGCAGGCUACAUGCCCAAGGCCGCACCACUUGCCGAGGUCGAUCUGGAGAAUUGGUGGAAGGGCUUCGAGAUCAACAUCUAUGGCACCGCGGUCCUCUUCCGAGCCUGGCUGCCAUAUCGCAGUAAAGGGGACGGGACACACAAACCCGCAUUCAUUUCAGUGAACACCUCUGUCGCUCACCUCAUGGUCCUCGCCACUUACAGCGCGUACGCGGCGUCGAAAUCUGGUCUCGCCACCAUGCUGGCAAUUGCGCAGGCUGAAAAUCCGGAUCUCCAUGUUGUAUCAUUCCACCCAGGUGUCGUUGAGACAGAUAUGAGCCGAGAGAUAGUCAAAGGGACGGGUACACAUUUGGAUAGUCCUACGCUCCCGGCAGCUUUCGCGGUGUGGUUGAGUAGUCCAGCGGCUGCGUGGCUGGGUGGGAAGUUCGUGUGGGCUCAGUGGGAUGUCGAUGAGUUGAUUGAGCGAAAGGAGGAGAUUUUGAAGGAUGGGGAUUUGAGGAUUGGAUUGUUGGGGUGGCCGAAGUAUAUGCAGGCGACGGUGGAAACGCAGUCGGGUCUUACGGCCUAG